GGCUUUUACAUCAUUAGCAAAGAUAGCUGUCAGAACUUUGAAUAAAUGGAAUUACUCAGACCAAGUGCUGCAAACUUAUACCCCCUAACCAUAUUAGGGUUCUUGGAAAGAGCAGCAACCGUGUAUGCUGAUAGUCCUUCAAUUGUGUACAACACCAACUUGUACACGUGGUCACAGACUUACCGUAGAUGCCUCCAGGUGGCAUCGUCCCUAUCAUCCAUCGGCAUCCGAAGGCACGACGUGGUGUCUGUGGUGGCCCCCAACAUCCCCGCCAUGUACGAACUCCACUUUGCCGUGCCCAUGUGCGGUGCCAUACUUAACAACAUCAACACCCGCCUCGAUGCCCGCACCAUCUCCGCACUUCUCCGCCAUAGUGAAUCGAAGCUCGUCUUCGUCGACCAGGAAUCAUCUUCUCUCAUCCAUGAAGCAAUCUCUUUUUUCCCACCUAAUUCCCACCUCCCACUUCUCAUCCUCAUUGAGGACGGAGAGGUCUCACUGCCUCCAUUAUCAAACACUGCUAUGUUCGUCACCACUUAUUCUCACAUGGUGGAUAAUGGUGAUCCAGACUUCAAAUGGAUCCACCCGGAGAGCGAGUGGGACCCCAUGAUUCUAAACUACACGUCCGGGACAACCUCUUCUCCAAAGGGUGUGGUCCACUCCUAUAGAGGAAUUUUCAUCAUCACCGUAGUUUCUCUAAUCAAUUGGUCAAUCCCAGCUCAAUCUGUUUACCUGUGGACCCUACCGAUGUUUCAUGUUAAUGGUUGGAGCUUCACAUGGGGGAUGGCAGCUGUCGGUGGGACCAACAUCUGCCUUCGUAAAUUCGAUGUGUCGACAACCUACGGCUUGAUCAAACGACACUGUGUCACACACAUGUGUGGAGCACCUGUCGUCCUCAACAUGCUAUCAAACUCUCCCAAAGUCGAGACCCUCACAAACCCAGUACACUUCCUUACCGCCGGAGCACCACCGCCGGCCAUUGUGAUUUACCGAUCUGAGUUGCUAGGUUUCAUAGUAAGCCAUGGCUAUGGACUAACCGAAACGGCUGGCAUCAUCCUUUGUGCAUGGAAAAAACAUUGGAAUUCGUUACCAGGAGCAGAUAGGGCUAAGCUCAAAGAAAGACAAGGCGUGAAAACCAUAGGACUAGUCGAAGUAGAUGUCUUGGAUCCUCGUACCGGGGAGAGUGUGAAUUGGGACGGGACUUCCCUUGGAGAAAUUGUGUUGAGAGGUGGAAGUGUAAUGCUAGGUUAUCUCAAGGACCCAGAGGCCACUUCCAAAUGCAUGAGAGAGGACGACUGGUUCUACACAGGAGACGUAGGAGUGAUACAUCCAGAUUCAUAUUUGGAGAUUAAAGAUCGGUCCAAGGACGUGAUUAUCAGUGGUGGUGAGAAUAUCUGUAGUGCAGAGGUUGAGUCAGUGUUGUAUACGAAUCCGGCAGUUAACGAAGCGGCCGUGGUGGCUCAACCGGAUGAGUUUUGGGGAGAGACGCCUUGUGUGUUUUUGAGUUUGAAGACUGACUUGGUUGAGAAACCUAGUGAGAGGGAAAUAAUAGAUUUCUGCAGGAUUAGGUUGCCGCACUAUAUGGCGCCCAAGAAGGUGGUGUUCAGGGAUGAGCUUCCCAAGACUUCAACUGGGAAAGUUGAAAAGUUUCUUCUAAGAGAAAUUGCCAAGGCCAUCAUCUGAAUUGGCUCGCUUUUACUGGGAGAAAUGCCCAAGAUUUGGAAAACAAUAUGCUUUGGCUAUAGUGUUUGUGUGACUGUAUUUGGCCUGCUUCUCUGUUUGCUAUGUUGUACAGUUGUACUGUUGCUUGCAGGUGAUGUGUACGAUGUUGAAAUGA